AUCACAUUAGGACGCGUGUAACAACUUCAGAAAGUCGCAUCUGCUAAAUAACGUCGUUCAGUUAUUUAAGUGCUGCUUGUGUGGUGAUAAGAUGAAACGAAUGUUACUCUGUGUCUUAAACGGCUAUGAUUGUUUUAGAAGAUAAACGUAAACGAUAGCCAAUAAAUAAAGUGCGCGAAGUAACCUUUAAUGGUUUGCCAUUUAUUGUCUUAAAUGGACGCAGUGUAGGAAACGCAAAUUUGCAAUCGCCGCAUGAAAGACAACAGGUUGAGUUAAAGGACUGCAUGAGAGAAACAUAUCUCGGAAUUAACACAACAAUAUUUGUGCGCAAUGUUUUAAAACCUAUACCACAAAACAACUAACGGUAGUGCUCCGAGCAAGUGACUGCGCAACGAAUAUUUCUUAUAUAUUGGCUAACCUGUACCCGGGCAAUGCUGUGUUUUUCGAGGUCCGCGCUGAUGGCUGAAUUAUUUAUAUGAAAUCAAGAAUUUUAUUUCGCGUAAUUCAUUAUGCCGAGAAUUAAAGCGUCACCGAAAAAAUGUGUUAAGUCACCGAAUCCUCAACAGCCUUCGAAUACAUGGGUAUUGCUCCUUAAAGGCGAAAAUUUGGAUGGGGCAGAUGGGACGCCAGAUAUCGUACAAUUAAGACAUCCACUGUCUGGUGCACCGGCAAUGUUUAUGUUUUCACCUGGAGAUGGAAUGGUGCAGGAGGUUUUAACAUUCUCUGAAAAUAAGAGGUCGUGGUUUAUUGAAGAUUCAGUGAAAUCUGAUGGCAAAAUGCAUUUAUCUACGCCAAUAGACCCAAUAUUUCUAGUUAUACCAUACUUGAGAAAGACAAGUCAUGCUGUGCCUCUGGACCAGUUACUGAAGGAUGAGGACUACCCUGAGACAGAAAGACUUCUUAGGUCGACUGGCCUGAAACACUUAUCUCAAGUUGCAGACAAAAAAGGGGAUGAGGAGCUAAAUGCCUACAAGUACAAUGAAGAGAAAGCUCUCAAUUGGCUGCAACGUAAGACAGAACGUGUGGCAGAAGUUCUGAAGCAGAAAGGUGUUCAAGUGAAUAAUGUUGCAACAGCUGCCACCUUUGUUAAAAGUGGAAAAACCGAGUCGGAUGACCCUGAAGCAUACCUUAAGUAUGCCCACGGCCUUGUAUCCGAGUACCUGGCAGAUGACCUUAGCCUGCAGCUACUUCGUAAGCUGGGACUGCCAGAGGAGCAGCCAUCUGAGUCAUCAAAGCGAAAGCUUGCGCCUGCACAACAACAGGCAUCUGAAACUAAAAGGCCACGUCAAGAUGAUUUGCCUAAUGGAGAUGCACUGGAUCUCACCAAGCCUGAAAAGGCUGCAAAAACCAGCAUUACAGCAAAGGAAAAAGCUCGUAUGAAGGCUGCAUCAGGAUCUAAAAGUAUUUCCUCAUUCUUUAAGAAGAAAUAAAGUGGUGAAUAAAUGAAUGAAACUGUUGUCAACUUGUAUGUGUUCCUAUAAUUGAAUUUUUUUCAAGUGGGACAGUUCCCUUUUAUAUUCACCAGUUUUUACUGUAAGUACUUCUUUCUUGUGCAAAAAAUUGCUGAGAAGAAGAAAUAGUUUUAAGCACUUUUGUGUGGCAGUGACUAGUACCUGCUCUGUAUGUGCAUGUGUGUUCAUGUGUACGAGAGAGAGAGAGAGAGAGAGAGAGAGAGAGAGAGAAUAUGUGUUCAAAGCAUUUUAAAUUGUGCACAAUAAGUUUGGUAGAUGGACAGAAUCGAAUCCUUGUUUUAUUAUUAGUUAUUGUAAUAUAAAAAAAUUUGGUCUCACUGAAUUAUAGAACUGACGGUUUUCGUGAUCUAAAGAGCAGAUCUGUACACAUAUUUUGAUUGUAGCACCUAAACUCAUUGUUUUGUGGAAACACAUUUAUUGUUUUUGUUAUGCCUUAGAAAGUGAAGAAUUUGUUCUUUUGGUCUUAAAUAUAAGCUUUGUGUUAUCUAUUGACUUAUGUGGGACAACUACUUAAAACACUUGCAUUAAUUUUCCAAAAAUCACUACAUGAAAAAUGUGGUAAAAGUUGUUAAAAUGUCAUAUAAAACUCUGUAAAUACCUUACCAGCUGGUGGUGGGUUGAUACUGGUGAAUUUUGUGUGAGUCUUUGAGUAAGCACAACACUGAAAACGGCAUGAUUGUUGUGAAAUUGACAAAACAUUUGAAUUUACUACUCUAUUUGUUGGUAGCUGUAAUUGUAUUACAUACACCAUGAUUUUUUAAUAUAUAAAAGAAAUGAAUAACUGGAAGAGACCAGGUAAUUGAGAUCACAUUUUGGUUUUGUAAUAGCUGUGUAAUGGGGAAGGUCCAUUUUUAUGCAGUGACUUGGAAAUUCAAAGAAUCUCUUUCAUGUUUCAGAUAUAUUUAUUUGUUGAAGUGAAAAGUCAUAUAACAGGAUUCUGAUUUUAUGCAUCUUUUCAGAAGCUUGCCGUAAUAUUUGUUAAAACUGAUUUGUAAAACAUAUUUUUCCUGUCGUACCAUAUUUUGCAGUCUAAUUGGAACAGUCACAACGUCUGGGUUACAACUGUGUGCAAUGGUUGUGCAAUUGUAGAUGUCCUCUGGCAGUACAUAAAUUUGGAAGCUUUUUAAGCAAGUUAACCGGAGGAUAACAGUCCCUAACGGGGAUCAAGCCCAUUCAGAAAAAAAUCUAGCUAUUCAAGGUUAAACUUAACUGAAAAUAUUUGUUAUCAGAACAUGCAAUGUAAAAGGAUGAGAUUUUCAAGUGGCUGUGUGUUGUAGACACCAGAAUGUUUCCUUUCAAAAGUAAUAGGCAAUGUUUCGUAUAUUUUCAAAAUGGGAGUUGUCAUGAAAUGUGUGUACAAUAUGACUGAGACCAUGUGUCACCAUUUUCUUCAUAUACUUCUGUAAGUUAUACAGCAAAAAAAAAAAAAAAAAAAAAAAAAAAAAAAAAAAAAAAAAAAAAAAAAAAACCCAAUCAGUGAUUUGUGUUUCAUGUCUGUGCAGCUGACUUGUGGUUGUUUACAAAGAGCCGUUAGAUAUAUGGGGGACCUGCAGAGGCUAAGUGCCUGACACCGAACCCUUUAAAAUCUGGGAAGUUUGUUUGUGUGUUGUUUAUUCAAUAGAAAAUAUGCAUCUCCAUAACAUGCUGUAUUAUUAUAUUUUUAUGUCCAGUAUGGAUGGACUUCCUUAUCUUCGCCCCAGAUGAUAGUUAUCACAUAUCGGUGUGGUGACCAUUACUUUAUCUGGUCAUGCAGUGUUGCAUGUAAUGUAAUACUGGUGACUGACUGAUACCACUUCAUAUGGAGUUCAUACAGCAUCUGAUCAGCAUCAAUAGGUCAAGAAUAACAAACUGGUACAGUUUGCGUAACCUGCAUACACCAAUCAUCCCUGUUUUAAUACCUAAGGCAUCAGGUAGCAGGUGAAGCAGCAGUCUGUUGAUUGACUAUUGCUCUAUAGGACAAUAGAAACCUGCUGUUAAUGAUAGUUUUUUUAAAAAUAUGUGUGUGUGUUACAUUAAUUACAUCCAUAAUUAACUGCACACACUGACUUUUGAAAAACCCAUGUGAUACUUGACCUCUUUGCCCCAGCAUAAAAUAUUUGUAUUUGGUACCUACUGUUUCUUUAGAAAACUUAUUGUCUUUGUUUUGUUGUGAACUGCAUGACUUGACAGUGAUAAAUUGGCAUAAUUGUACUAGAAAAGUUACAUUUCAUGUCUGAUGAUGCAGACAGAUAUUUUCAAAGAAUUUGGUACAGAUGUAUGUAAUAAGUUACCUGCAUGGAUAAUCAUAAAAGUACUAGUAAUUACAUCUUAACCUUGUUUUUGCUCAAGUGUAGGCAAUAUGCAUUUUUUUAAUGUUUUUAAUCUGAGUUAUGAAGGUAAAAUGAAUUAUUAGGCACCUUAACAGUAAAUUAUUAUUGGAGGCCACUUAGGUCUUUUCAAUGUUGUGUCCACUAUCUGAUGUACAGUUGUAAGAGGUGAAGUGCAUUUUUCACUCUAUAAAUGCGAACAUUUAGAGAAUAGUGUUAUCUCAUUAUGUCAGUAAAUUUCUGUAUUUACAUUUAAGCCAUUGUCCUCAAAUCUCCAACAUUAGUUUUUAUAAAAUGGAAAAAAAUGCUAUAUGGUUUUGGACUAUGCUUGGUUUUGGACUGUGCUACUUGUGCGGGGCUUUAAUGGGAUUAAGAUAUUGUUGCUCUGAAAUACUACUACCUGCAUUUAGAAGAAUAAUUCAUCAUGUUUCAUAGGUGCCCAAUAUUUUAUCUGCACAGUUCAUUUAUUAAAUGGUUUCUGACUUGGAACUGGUCAGUAUAAAAACAGCUGCAUAGUAUGGGAGAGAAAUAAGCAUAAUGUAUUUGUGUAUAGUAAAUGCAUGGAAUAAGAACACUAUUAUAUAUUGAGGCUUUGGUACUAAAUGGAGAAAGGGAUAAGUGAACUUGGUACAACUAAAUUAAAUUAUGACUUGAAGGUAAACAGUCAUUUAAUCUGAUUUCAGUUUUACACCAAAAUAAAAACUUCUACUUCAGGAAUAAGAACAAUAUAUAUAAACUGCAUUUGAUAAAUGGAUGUGUGAGAAAAUUUGUGCUAUGAAAACUUUUCCAAUAUGCAUGAAGUGUAGCACUUGGGACUUGAGAGAUGUAUUCCAAGAGAAGUGAUAAGUUCGUACGAGGUUAGUAGGAGAAAUGAAAUAUUUUAGAAAUAAAGGAGAACACUCACUGAAAUCAGAAGCGUUGAAUCUUUGAUGGGUGCAUGCAAAAAAAGACGUAACUCCUUCUUGAGCUAGAGCAUGCACACAGCAUGCGCCCUGCAUUAUCUUCGUCACUAUGUAGGGGCACAGCUGUGUUUGUGUGUACUGUAGCUUGAGAAAGUAUUUACUCUGAAAGGUUUUCUGUCCUUUUUUUGUAUGCACCUGUUGACAACUUAUCACUUCUGGUUUUCAGUAAGUGGUCUCCUUUAAUCCUAAAGUGUUUACAUGCUACCAAAACUUACCUACUAUAAGUGAAGGUAGAAGAAUGUAUCAGACUUAACAGUUUUUUAAAAGGGUGGUGAAAAAAUUCUGAAGGAAAAAUCUACCUAUCAUACAGAUUGACUUGGAAACCUGAUGGAAGAAUAAAGAUGCUCAUGGUUGGUGCUCCUAGAAAGGCAAGUGGCAAAUAUUCUCAUGGAAACAUGCUACCAAAUAAAAUAUUGAAAAGUGGGAGAGGUGAAACAUGCAGCAACAAGAGAAUGAUUUUCUCAAAAAUAACUGGUCAGGUACCAGUGUAGAUACAGUGAUUAAUAUUCCAUUCACAGGUAGUCUGUUGUGAGCAGGACAGAAUCAUGAAAAACUUUACAAUUUUUUUUUUUUGUUCAACCUGUAAUGCAGAAAACAAUUAGAGAACUGUGUUGAGGAUAUCUAUUACAGUUCUCAAUUGCAUCCUUCAGGAAUAUUAAUGCUUUGUAUUUGAUUGUUUUUUAGGCGUUGGGACAAUGUCUUGCUUAAGAAGAAAACUGACUCUUUGUCUGUCAUUACAAUAUGACAUUGAAGGUUGUAGUCAGCUGAUUAUAUUCAAACUCAGGCUUAUGAAAGCAGUGAUACUGACAAAUUUUUAGUGAUGUAAUUAGAAAGUGAAGACAGAAAAGAAUUUAAUGGUUGAUAAGUUGAUAUGAAACUGCUGACAUCUUCUGAAAAUAGUUUUGUUAUCUGAAAUCUUAUGUGCAUAAGCCUUCCAGUAUUUGAGUUUGUGACUGUGAUUCGAAAGGAGAAAGAUGGGAAGAUUAUUUGGUUCCAGUAAUAAGACUUAAAGGAAGGAAUUUAUUGCUUGAAAUCCGUUUAAAUAAAAGAGCAGAAUCUGGUAAUCAGUUGUGGAACCUGAUUUAGAAAUACAAAGAUAGAAGCUCCAGACGUGAGUACCAACAGAUGAAGUGGGCUAUACUUUUCAGUUGUUAAAUACAAGUAAACAAUGCUAAAAGGAAAAAAAAAUUAUCUGAAUUUUAUAAUGUGCCAUCAUGCUGUGUUAUGGUACCCCCCUAAUUUAUAACCAGUUUGUCUUAGAAUUUGACCAUCAGCAGGUAUACAAAAAAUUGAUAUUAGCAGCACUUCAUUUGGACAUACAUGGUAUUUAUCAAAUGACUUGAGGUCUUAAUGUCACCUUCUCUGUGCCAUAGUUCCCCCUAGCAUUGUUAUUUUCCUACUAUCGUUAUUAUUUUACACAAUUGAGACAAAUGUGUAAGAAUCUUUUAGGUAGCAGCUUUUAAGAGACAUGAUAAAUAAUUAUUCGUAGUGGUAACAAUAAAUUUCCGUGAUUGUACAAUAAUUACUCUUAAAAGAACAGCAUAUCCUUGAAGCCAGAGUGUGAUGUAGAGAACAGUGACACUAUAAGAGCAGUUCUUUAACUACUUUUCUCAUACUCUUGUCCGAUACCACCAAGUAUCUUUAGAAAGGGGCGCAUUUCUGGUACCAUAUAUAUACUUGAGUGUGUGCACAUGCACGCUCCACUUUAUGCCCUAUUUUCCUUUACUAUUCAUUUCCCAGUAGAUUUCAUUCACUUUCUCCCAUCUUGUGCAUUUCUCCCAGCUUAUUCGUGCAAAUUUUGGCAAUUUUCUUUCCUUCAUCACUCUGCUGUGUACUAUCAUAACUGCAUAAUCCAAUAUAAAUAUGGUAAUGAGAUUGUGUAAUUGGUAGGUAGCACUGGAGAAGGUAAAUGACAAAUGAGCUUGCUAAAAAUAGUAUGGAUUUUUCUUUUUUUAAAGUGAUUGUGGCUCUCAACACUGUUCAUGUGAUUUUGUGGGCUCAGUAAAGUAUGUAAUGGUUUGAUGAAACUGUGAUGCGUAUCUUAUAUCUUUCUGACAAAUUCAGGACUUUUUAAAAAGUAAAACUAUUUUCAUAAGGCCAUACCUUCUAUACGAACGAAGAAAAAAAAACUUGUGGGUAGUUGACUUGUACUAUGGCUACAAAAGAAACAUCUAUUUUUGUAAGGGUAUUUCUUUUACAUGCAUGCACAUAGAACCUUGGGAUGCUUCUUAUGAUUGUGUGUAAGAUUAAAGCUUAUAUUUAGAUUUCGAAAAUGUUCUGUAUGCUGCGCCCCCCCCGCCCCC